AGAGGCGGGAGCCAAAAUCAGUCGCGCCGCAGAUCGCCUACAGUACGCACACGUUUUUCAUUCGUCGCUGUUUUGAGUUUGGUCUUUUUCUAUCUUUAGCUUCACGCCAAAGACGACGUAGAAAACAUUGAAAAAGACACUGAAAGUUGAAAAACGAAAUAUUAAAAGAGAAAAACUUUCAUCAACUUGUGUGUGACUGGGCACUUGGUUCUUUUUUCGUGGUAGUUGAUUGUGCUCAUCGAAGAAGUUGGAGUGCAUGUGGUUGAAAUUGUAAGUGAACGUGUCGAGACAUCGUCAAAAGUAAAAAGACGAAAAAUAAGUGCCGAGAAAGAAAUAAAAUUGAAGAAGCUGCUGACUCGUUUUCUGUACGGAUAUUUUCUUUCGUGGUUUUUUGGGAAACGUUGACUGCAUCAUCAAAUGACGACUAUCCGUGAUCAAGCACAUCAGAUGUUUUGAUUGGAGGCAGCGCGUCGCGCCUUUUUGGAAGAGUCUCCCUCUUUAUCUUUUUCAUCCCGACUUUUGGAAGCUCACCCCACAUUUUCUGAUUGCCUCUGGAACAAGAAGAACAACAACAAAAGAAAAAUACAAUACUGAAGGGAUCCGCGCCAUCUUCAUCUACGACAAGAUGGACCGGAUAUUCUUCUUGUCUGCCUUGAUUUCGAUUACCGCCGUCGUCGUCCGCGCCGCGCCGACAAAACAAUACAAAGAAGUGGAAGUCUACGAAGGCGACACGGUCAAAUACGAUUGCCCGCCUGGAUUGGCGCAACUGGCCGGCAACGGAUUGGAAUGGUACCACAACGACGUCAAAGUGAAGCCUCGUGAGCAUUCGCGAAUCCAUUACGCGAAAGACAAGAAUUCGAUCUCUAUUUCGUACGUGGCGUCUAUCGAUGGGGGAGCGUGGUCCGUCCGCCCGAAGCGCACGCGUUUGAUGGAUCCAGCUCUCAAGAUGACGCCCUGGUGUAAUUUCACCGUCAUCGUCAAGAUGGACGAUGACGAUGUUGACUCGACGGCCGGUGAAGAGUUGCAGAGUGACCAGGCCGGUGAAGACUACCACCCUCAUUCGCUGUUUAGCACUCCAUCGCUGCACCCCGAAGAAGAGGAAAGCGAUUUCCCAAUGGCUGACGAUGAUGUAUCGAGUUCGACCAGCUCGGACACGGACGGUAAACCGCAACCUCCCAGUUUCAUCCGCCUCAAGAAAAUGGAAACCAAUAUGUCGCAAGUGAAGCCGGCAUCAUCUACCGUCACGUACAAGUGCCCAGCUGACGGAUAUCCUAAACCGGAGAUAGUCUGGACGAAGGACGGCGGUCCGAUCAAACGGCACUUGGGUUCGGCCAAGACGCAAAAGUGGUCGCUGGAGCUGGAGGAGGCCACCACCUACGAUUCGGGAAACUACACUUGCACCGUGUCCAACUUGCACGGCUCCGUCUCGUUUACUUUCAAACUCCUCAUUCAAGAGGGCCUUCUUCACAAGCCAAUAAUUAGCGACGACCUGAAGAACACGACAGUUGUGGAGGGCGACCAAGUGGCGCUGGUCUGCCGCGUCACCUCGCAAUUGCAUCCUCGUUUCCUCUGGGUUAAGCAUUAUCAAGUGAAUGGCUCCUACGACGAUGGCAAUGGAACGUCUUAUUACCGCCGCGUCAACCCAAUUCAGGUGGACGAGGACGGUGAAGUGAAUAACGACCCUCAAGUACUCCGACUAGAGAACGUGACCAAAGAGGAUGCUGGGUGGUACACGUGCAUGGCCGGCAAUAGUUUAGGCAUGUCGCACCGCAGCGCUUGGCUCACUGUCGUGGACCCAGAAGAAGAAUCGCCCACUGUUGAUUACGUUUCUGAAGGUGGCAUUCAUCUGCAAGAUCAGAAAGUGGUAAUCGUCUUGGCUUCCGUACUGGGAUCCAUCGUGCUGGCCUUCGUCGUCCUCUUUGCCACCGCCUUCCGCAAGAAGUACAGCCGUCAAAAACGCAACAAGUUUAUGGCUCUGGAGACGGCCCACUGCAUUGCACCGUGCACCAAGAAAGUCAUAAUUGAGCAACGGUCGGCACUCAACGGUGUAGGUGGUGGCCUGCACGAGCCUCUGCUUUUCCCCGUCAUUAAAAUUGAAAAGCAUCGUUCGAGAUUGGAUACGAACAUUGGAUCCGUGUCCGAGUACGAAUUGCCAAUGGACGAGAAAUGGGAAUUUCCCCGCCAAUCUCUCAAGUUGGGAAAAUCGCUGGGCGAAGGAGCUUUCGGUCACGUUGUCCAAGCUCAAGCUGACGGCAUCCUCAAUGACAACAUUGUCAGAACCGUGGCUGUAAAAAUGCUUAAAGAGGGCCACACGGACACGGAAUUGAUGGACCUUGUCUCUGAAAUGGAGAUGAUGAAAAUGAUCGGCAAACACACUAACAUUCUCAAUCUGCUCGGCUGUUGCACUCAAGACGGCCCGCUCUACGUCAUUGUCGAAUUCGCUCCGUACGGAAACUUGCGCGACUUUUUACGCCAGCACCGUCCCAGCUCGGGUUACGAACGCGCCAUCGGACAGCUCGGAUUAGGGAAGCUCGGCAAUACGUCGUACGAACACCCGAUCGAGUUUACCAACGGCGGCCGGAUGGGUCAAGACACGCUUACGCACAAAGAUCUCAUCUCGUUCGCCUACCAAGUCGCUCGUGGAAUGGACUAUCUUGAAUCGAAAAAGUGCAUCCAUCGAGAUUUGGCGGCUAGAAACGUGCUGGUCAGCGAAGAUUGUGUCCUGAAGAUUGCCGACUUUGGGUUGGCUCGCGACGUGCACAUGCACGAGUACUACCGCAAGACGACAGACGGCCGCCUUCCCGUCAAGUGGAUGGCGCCAGAAGCUUUGUUCCAGCGCGUUUACACCAGCCAGUCGGAUGUCUGGUCAUUCGGCAUCCUCCUCUGGGAGAUUAUGACCCUGGGCGGCACCCCUUAUCCGUCUGUGCCCAACAUUGAGCGACUCUUCCAGCUCCUUCGCGACGGCCACCGCAUGGAGAAGCCAGUCAGUUGCUCCCUCGAAGUAUAUUUGUUGAUGCGAGAAUGCUGGCAGUACAAUCCCAUGGAGCGGCCCACAUUCAGCGAAUUGGUAGAAGAUCUGGACCGAAUCUUGACCCUCACUUCCAAUGAGGAAUACUUGGAAUUGGGGUUUGAAUCUCCCGAGACACCGCCCAGCAGUCGCGAAAAUUCCGACUGUCGGACACAGUUUGUCGUCUCGACGGUGUGAUUGUCGCCCAUCUCCGGAGCUGUUUUCCCCCUCUUUUUUUUUCCUAUCUUUUGCUUGGACUAUUCCCUCGCCAUCUCUUCCAUCCUCUCCUCCUUUGCGCGGAUAGUGCGCACUACGAACGAGUUUUAUCACAACACCUACACCAAACGAGAGGGGCAAGGAAGAAGAUGGGAAAACCGCCAACACUGAUAACAAAGUACAGAGGAAUGGCGUGACUUGCAUCACCGUUACCAUUAGGUUGGGCAAGUUCACUCCACCAUCUGCGAUCAAAUCUGGCAGAACUACGCCUACCCCCCGUCUUCAAGGGACAGCGUCACGCAUCGAGUGAGGCGGUCCUCCUACUGAGGGAACAUCCAAGUAGGAUUCCAACUUUGAAAAAAAAAAAAAAAUGUUCCAGCUACGACGUGCCAUGUAGAAAUGUGCCUUGCAUGAUGGACUAAACUUGCGAAUCGUGAUUCGUGUUUAGUCUCAGGGAAAGAAGAUGUUGGGGAAAAACGGAAGGAGCAAAUUUGCGCUGGAUAAGAAGUUUGCGCAAAUUCAGUGGGAACCAUCUAGCGUUCACUAUACUCUCUAAUGUAUCCAAAAGAAAAAAUGCGUGAAGAAUUCUCUCGUGCCUUCUCGAUGCGCAAAAUGUUUUUUGUAUGAUCCCGAUCCCGUCAGGCGCGUGCGAUGGACAUACGGAUUUUCAUUGUGUUGGGAUUUAGUUGUUUAUAAUUUCUGUUUUUUUUUUGUUUUUUUUUUGGCAAGUCCUAGUCACACGUCUGUUCAUUUGAGAGCCUAAAUGAUUCGUUUGAAGAAAGGAAAGACAAACAAUCAAUCGAGUCAGGUGCGUUCAUUUCUGAACUUGGGCUUUCUGUUGCAUCAACACCACAUACAUUACAUAUAGAAAAUUCGAUGUCAAUUGAAUAAUCAUUUUAUAUUAUACAUAAUGCUGGCCUCGUUCUUUUGUGCCUUUUGUUUUUCAAUGUCAUGUACAGUUUUUUGCCUUUUGUAUAUGUAGAAGACCCAGUCGUAUCCCCUUUUUCUGGUGAUUCCUCGCUCUCUUCAGCUGGCCACCUUGUCUCUUUCUUGCCCCUUUUUGAAACCAGAAACAAAAAGAAGAUAGGGAAAAGUGCGCAACAUUUAAUCCAAUCAAGUCGCACGGUUUGCCUGUAUCAGUUGAAAUAUCAUCUCGACAAAUAAUUUAAAAAAUAACUAAAUUCACUCUUUUCCCUCAUUUUUCCGCCCGUUUUCCAUGUUACGUCAAUUCCACUUCCAUUUAUUCGCCAAUUAACUUAUUUUUGUCCCACCAUCAAUCAAUUUAUCCUCUUCUGUUUGUGUUUGUUUCUUUCGUUUCGGUUGAUCUGCUCGUCGCUUCCGACACAAAUGUUCGGACCAUCGUCCAAAUUCGCCAACAUUACAAAGGAAUACAAUUAAAGUUUACUUCCCGCUGUCGAGAAUCAGAAAAGCAAA